CUGACUCUAUGGUCCUGAGCUGUCCAGCACUUCAGGAGCCGUUCACUGGGGGAUGCUCCGAAAGAGAACGGCAGGGCGAUUGUCGAAAAGCAAGGUUGGCCGGAGAAGAGGUCGGAGCCGGAGCUGGAGCUGGGGCAAGAAUCCGAAGAAAGGCAGAAGACAGAGAAGACUGAGAUCCCGGGGAAUCCAGAAGGGAGAAGAAGCUGGCAGGAGAGAGGCGAGGCCAAACCCAGCUGCAGUGACUGGCACGGACACAAGAUCACAAGGGCGCAGAAUUCCACAGCAAGGAUUGUGGCCGCUUCUUGGUCCUUGCCCACCCCUCCACAGAGUUUCAGCAGAAAAUCUGCGACUUCAGCAUGGUGCUUGUUUUCAGCCUGAACCACCAAAGACCACCCAGUUUACAUGUCUGUCUAUAACAACGGCACCAAGAUGCCUUCACCCCAGGAGGCAUCCAAUGGCUUCCCCCAGCCCAGUGCCUCAGGCACUUGGCACAAACCAGAAGAGGAAGUGCGACUGGUAGAAUCUGGCUUGGUGAAGAAGGCACACCGAGAGAUCCUGGACCAUGAGAGGAAACGGCGGGUGGAGCUGAAGUGCAUGGAGCUGCAGGAGAUGAUGGAAGAACAAGGGUAUUCUGAAGAGGAUAUCCGGCAGAAGGUUGGCACCUUCCGGCAAAUGUUGAUGGAAAAAGAGGGUGUUCUCACCCGUGAAGAUCAACACGGACGGCAUAUAGUGAUAGAAAAUCACCAUAUGGUAGACGGAGAAGAAUAUGCCAUACAAUAUGCAGAGUAUGAAGAAGGUUGCCCAUUGCAGUGUGACUGUGCAACUGAGUGUUACCAAUAUGACAGCAAUCACCAGGAAUACAGGCUGAAGAGACAAUCUAGUAGCUCCACCUCUCCACCACCAAAAAAGAAAAAGAAGAAAAAAUCAGGUCACCGACGAAACCGCAAAAAAAGGAAACCUGGAUCAGAGCGUAGUGGGGGUAGUUCUUCCCCAGUUCGGAAGGAGAAGAAGAAGAAAAGUGGAAAAAAACACAGGAGAGACAGGUCUGGAUCUGGAUCUCAUAAGAAGAGGAGGCACAGGUCCAGAAGUCCCAAGAGCAAAAGGAAAGAAAAAAACAAAGAUAGAAAAAGAUCUCACAGUGAACUAUCUCCUCGUCGCUCCCACAGACGUAGCAGCUGUAGUUCUCGGAGCCCUUCCCUUUCCUCGGAAUACAGUGACUGCAAAUCCACAGGCAGACUGAGCCCCAAAUACAGAGAAGACGGUCAAAGGGCCAGCAGCCACAGAUCCAGCCACAGCCCAUCCUCAUCUUGCACUGGCCACAGCCGAUCAGCCACGCCUCACCAAAAUGGGCACAAGGGCAGUGCCCAGAAUGGCCGCCAUAGCCAUGGCACCCUGUCGGAGAAGAAACAGGAGAAGAGGUUAGGUUCCCUGUCGCCUUCAGCCAAAGGGCACAUAAAGACCGAAACCCUAUCGCUCCACGCCAAAGAAAGCAGGGGGAACAAACAUGGGGCCAAGACCGCCCGGAGGUCCACAUCCCCAGGGAGAUGCUCUGGAGGAGACAAACCCUCCCACAGGCGCCACACCAGAUCCACAUCAAAACACAAGCGCAAAGGGCGUCGCAGGGCCAAAACCUCUGCAAGCAAGGAAUCAUCCUGGUCGGUCAGCCAUACAGGAUAUAGCAGUGACUCAGAAGGGUCUACCUAUUCACAUCAAUACCACGCAGCAACCGGGGCAGAAAAGAACCACAGGGUACAUCUGAAAACGACAAAAGAGAGGCACCACCGGGGAAGACCACAUAGUUGUUCUCCGACUUCAGCCAAACAUUCCAGGCACAACUCUGUACGAAGGAGGAGUGUAUCUCGAAGCAGUUCCUGGAGCUCCAGCCGGUCUCCAUCAAAAUCACGAUCCCGAUCUCGGGAGAAGAGAGCUGGACGUAGCAGGACUCGAUCCGGAUCACAGAAAAAAACAACAAGCAGCAGAGAGAAGGACAAUGAGCCACGAACACGUCAUAGUGACACAGAAACAACCCGUGCCCGACGACGUUCCCGCAGCUACUCCCCCAUCAGAAAGAGAAGGCGUGAUUCUCCAAGUUUCAUGGAGCCUAGAAGAAUCACUAGUGCUCGGAAGCGUCCAAUCCCCUACUACCGACCCAGCCCUUCCUCUUCCAGCUCACUUACCAGCUACUCCUACAGUCGCAGCCGCAGUCGCAGCUAUGACAGCUACAGCAGCAGCAGGAGCCGGACUCGCACCCAGAGCCGCAGUCCAAGCUACAACAGCCGAAGCAGUUCUGAGAGCACUGGAUUUUGAGCAAUUCCUGCCAGCCACUUUGAGGAAUGAGCUGGUUCAGCUUUCUCUCCAAUCCUGUCUCCCUCCCCUUUUUCCAGGCAUGGCCCAGCUUAAUUCCUCCACUAGGGCUUGUCUUCGUCAUUUCUCUGGUCCCUUCAGGGACUCAUCCUGGCAUUCCUGGAGAUGCUAGAUGCGUCCCGUGGGCAAGGGCCUGAUGAAUUUGGGCCCAAACCUUAUGUGGGGAGUCAGAAAUUCUGUAGGCAGGACCCAUGUGCUCCAGGGAAAACCACGAAGCCACUUUCGGAAAUGCAACAGAUAGGAUAAAAAACUCAAAUAGGAUGUGACAUUUUGGUGUGGAUCAAGUCUUUCCUGGCAAGGACCCAAAUAUAUGGCUGUUUACAUGGAGGAGAGGCACAUUACUCUCAUUGCAUUCUUUAAAUUUAAUUUCUACCAGUAAAAGGUAGAAAGAAUUUUCCAGAGGAUUAACGCACCUACGAUUCCAUAAGAUAAAUAGAACAAAUGAACAAAUUUCAAUUCCAGCAAAGAACUUUGGAUGCUGGAAAAGGAAGAAAAGCGGGGGAGGGGACAUUUUUAAUUUCUUGUUCUUAUUUUCCUAACAAACAGCUCACAGAAGAUUCUUCCUUGGGGUUGACUUUUUAAUUUAUUUCUUGCAGAUAUUUAUUUCAAUUUUGGUAUCAACUGAAGUUUGGGGUUUAAUUUAUUUGGACAAAAAGGAGAUGGGUGGGAUAAUUCUGUCAUAUUUAUCGGGGAAGAAGAACUCUGAUAGCUGUCACAAAUUGAGGUGGAUGUAUGGGGAAGGAAGGAAGGAAGGAAGGAAGGAAGGAAGGAAGGAAGGAAGGAAGGAAGGAAGGAAGGAAGGAAGGAAGGAAGGAAGGAUGCAGAGAUGAAUACUGGAUUUUCAGUUUUUAAAAGAGGAUCCACCUCUGUGGGCCUGAAACAAGCCACAGCCUAAUUGCUACACCCUGAAAUUGUUGAUAUGGCCAACAAUAACAGAUGCCAAGCACCUCCUGAUAGAUGCUGCCAUCUGCAGAAACCAAUUUGAUUUCAGGUGUAUUUGUUGAAAAGGUCCAAGUGAUAGUUCUUGACUUUUCUCUUCCUAAUACUUUGGAGAACUGUUGCUGAGAGCAAACAAUGAAGAGCUAGCUGGACAAAUAGUAUGAACUGACAUGUGAUACUAUCUGCCCCAUAACAAAAGGCUGGCUGAAAAGCCCAAGGGUUGUUGGAAAUGGCGGACUAUCAGCCUGAUGUAGUAUAAGACAAGCACUUUGUAUGAAUAUUAAUCUACACACGUCAAGCUGUUGAACUUGGAUGACAAGUUCUUCAAUCAGCUAAACAAAACCAGAAGAGAGAGGGAGAGACUGAGAAUUGCUAUGGUAGUUGUACAGGUGAGCUGUCCUGGAAUUGGCUCUAAUGUAAUUUAGCAGGAUGGCACAACCAGAUACCUUCCUUGCAAACCAUGUCAAAACUCAGUCAAGUUUACAGUAUACAAAUAAUAGCUUUAAUGCAAAAUGCACAUAUGGGCAUAAAGUGCACCUUCCCAAGUGAUUAACUUAACCUGUCCCUGAUCAUGCCAAGUUGUAAGGCAGAGUUCCCCAACCUUUCCAGUCUUGCGGACCAGCGGGGGCAGAGGGAGAGAGGGGAUGAUUCUGCGUGAGCGGCCAGCAAGUGUGUGCAUCUGCGCAGCUCCAUUUGCACCAGUAGUGUGCAUGGGCACCUAUUGCUCACGGAAAUGGAGUGUACAUGCAUGCGCUCGCCCACUGCUCGCGUGUGGGGAUGCUCGCCUGUUUCCAUGGCCCGGAUGCAAACACAUCACAGCCCACUUGUGGGUCAUGGCCCAGAGGUUUGUAAGGCAUUAGUUACCAUGGGGGGGGGGAAGAAAUAUGCAUCUAUAGGAUUUCCUUGACAAGCCUCUGAAAUCUCUGAAGAACCUUUUCUAUCAAGUCAAAGGAUAGCUCUAAAAAUAGACAUAAUGAGGACUAGUAAUCUGACAAAUUGAAUAUUAAAAUAGCUGAAGACAUGCAGGAUAGAGGAACAGAAAUAUUGGUCGAUCCUUUGUUAGCAUAAUAAAAAUAAAAUGAUGGGUCAAGCACAUCUGUGGAAGCAUUUUUAUUGCACUUCUCAAUCUCAGAAACUUUAAGGUAUGUGAACUUUGACUCUCAGAAUUUCCCAGACAGCCUGCUGGAAAUUCUGGAAGUUGAAGCCCACACAUUUUAAAGUUGUUGAAGCUCAAAGCUGUUGAGGUUGAAAAACACUGCUCUAUUGGUUAGAUUUUCUCUGUUUCAUAAAUAUGAAAUCUGCAAAUCAUCCCAUUUAGUUUUAAGGUUUCUCUCCAGAAGUUGCUCCUGUAGAAACUGGAGCAAUUAAUUCUGUCCUAUGGCCAUUCCAAAGCCAAAAUAAGGUAAACAUUUUGAAAGAAUUUUUGUCAUACAAAUUUAUAGUCUGUUAUCAUCCUCCAGUUUUUUUAGGCUCAGACCCUCCAAAUCUGAGCCCUUGACUUUUAAUAGCUAAAUUUUAGUCUCCAAAAUAGUAUUUUGAAAUUCAAUGUAGUAAUAUUGGGGGAUGGGGAUGGUAGAUAGAUUGACAAUGGACAAUAUAUUUUGGCCAAAUAGUUCUUCCUCUGGCACUGAAACCUUUAUCAUUUUGAACCUGUUUAGUCAGUCUGAGUUUGAAAAUGUUUUGAAGGAAAACUUCUGUUUAUCUCUGUUUUUAAGUGGUACACCAAGUACCCCUAGGAUUAUCGAGAUCAAGCACUGCCAGGCACAAUUAUAACAUAAAAGAAAGUCUGGUUCAGUUGACAAGAUGAAAGGAAUAGCAGGCUCCAUUUUUUAAAAAAAUAUGACUUGAGGCUUCUCUGUUUGCGGAACAAUCCCCCAUUAGCAUUCAACAAUUUAUAUUCUGAAUUUUUUUAUAAGUGCUUGGGAAAGGAGGGCAGACAAGGAGUUUGGUCAAAACCUCUCCCAUUAAAUCACACACGGCCUUUGUGUGGGUUGGCACUCUAUAGCCAAUAUGACAAUAUUAAACAUUGAUUAAUGGGCAGCAGUUUCUAAACCAAGUUAACAAGGACUGCAACCACAGUGCAGUGCAUUCUCUCUGGUUUUCUACUUUCUAUAACAACAAAGCCCAGCCAGCAGUAAUGAAUAGAAAAAGAUGGUUUAUCAGGGAAAAUGUUCAGUCUUCCUAGCAUUCAUUGGCGGUCUCUGCAAGAAAUAGCAAACAGGAACAAAAUAUGUUGUAGAAAAUCUCUCUCUUCCUCUCUCUCUCUCUCUUUCUAGAUUGUGAGUUAAGCUGUAGAUUCAAUGAUCUGGUUCAAUUAUAAUAAAAUGUACAAUAUCUA